GUCAUCUCCCUAUUUCUACCUAAUUCCCACUCCACUUUGUAUACCUCUUCUUUUUCUUCCUUUUUCUUUCUCUCUCUCUCUCUCUCCCCCUCCCCCCCUUCCCCCCCUCUCUUCUUUCUUUUAGUUUGAAGCGACCGUUAUUUGUAUUCAUCUGUUGCCAGCCAUGGCAAGCCCAACAUCAUCUGGCUACUCGAUCAACGUCAAUGACCCCAGCCUGAUUUCACUGGUCAAUAAGCUGCAGGAUGUGUUCGCGACCGUCGGUGUUCAAAACCCGAUCGACUUGCCUCAAAUUGCUGUCGUCGGCUCGCAAUCCAGCGGAAAGAGCUCGGUCCUAGAAAAUAUCGUCGGUCGAGAUUUCCUUCCGCGUGGCUCUGGAAUUGUCACUCGCAGACCCCUUAUCCUGCAGCUUAUCAACAGACCUUCGAGAAACUCCCAGGUGAACGGUGUCAAGGACGAGCAGUUGGAAACAUCGGACAAAGAGGCGAAUCUGGACGAAUAUGGCGAGUUCUUGCACAUUCCCGGCCAGAAGUUCUACGACUUCAACAAGAUCCGUGAAGAGAUCAUUCGUGAAACGGAAUCAAAGGUCGGGCGCAAUGCUGGAAUUUCACCUGCUCCCAUCAACCUGCGCAUCUACUCUCCGAAUGUCCUGACUCUGACUCUGGUGGAUCUGCCCGGUUUGACCAAGGUGCCCGUGGGUGAUCAGCCAAAGGAUAUCGAGAAGCAAAUUCGGGAUAUGGUCCUAAAGUACAUUAGCAAGCCCAACGCUAUCGUUCUCGCCGUGACCGCAGCCAACCAAGAUCUUGCCAACUCAGAUGGGCUGAAGCUUGCAAGGGAGGUGGACCCUGAGGGCCAGCGCACCAUUGGUGUGUUGACUAAGGUUGAUCUGAUGGAUGAGGGUACUGAUGUGGUGGAUAUUCUUGCGGGCAGGAUUAUUCCAUUGCGCUUGGGUUACGUCCCGGUGGUCAACCGCGGCCAGCGUGAUAUUGAGAACAAGCGCCCUAUUUCCUAUGCGCUGGAGCACGAGAAGAAUUUCUUCGAGGGCCACAAGGCCUACCGGAACAAGGCCUCUUAUUGCGGUACUCCGUACCUAGCUAGGAAGCUGAAUUUGAUUCUUAUGAUGCACAUCAAACAAACCCUGCCGGAUAUUAAGUCUCGAAUUUCCUCCUCCCUGCAAAAGUACUCCUCGGAGCUUUCACAGCUAGGCGACUCAAUGCUCGGAAACAGCUCCAACAUUAUCCUCAACAUCAUCACGGAAUUCAGCAACGAGUACCGAACAGUGCUUGAAGGAAAGAACCAGGAGCUUUCUAGCAUUGAAUUGUCCGGCGGCGCUCGUAUCAGCUUUGUCUUCCACGAGCUAUACUCGAAUGGUGUCAAAGCGGUGGAUCCCUUUGAUCAUGUGAAGGACGUUGAUAUUCGGACUAUCCUGGUUAACUCCUCUGGUUCAUCACCUGCGCUCUUCGUGGGAACCACUGCUUUCGAGGUGAUUGUCAAGCAGCAGAUCAAACGACUGGAGGACCCUAGCUUGAAGUGUAUCUCGCUGGUUUACGACGAACUUGUCCGCAUCCUUGGACAGCUUCUGAACAAGCAGCUCUUCCGUCGCUACCCAAUGCUCAAGGAGAAGUUCCAUACCGUUGUCGUCGCAUUCUUCAAGAAAUGCAUGGAGCCGACCACCAAGCUUGUCAAGGACCUCAUCUCUAUGGAGACGUGCUAUAUCAACACCGCCCACCCUGAUUUCCUGAACGGCAACCGCGCUAUGGCUAUCGUUAAUGAACGCCAAACUGCGGGUAAACCUACCCAGGUGGACCCAAAGACGGGCAAGCCGCUCCCUCCACGGGCGAACAGCCCUUCGCUCGAUCCCAUGCCUACGGGCGACGGCCCCGGAUUCUUCGGCAGCUUCUGGGCGUCGAAGAAUAAAAAGAAGAUGGCCGCCAUGGAAGCCCCUCCCCCAACUUUGAAGGCCUCUGCGUCUCUGUCUGAUCGCGAGAGCAUUGAGGUGGAGGUUAUCAAACUCCUGAUCACAUCCUACUUUAACAUUGUCAAGCGCACAAUGGUUGAUAUGGUCCCCAAGGCCAUUAUGUAUAACCUCGUGCAAUUCUCCCGCGAGGGCAUGCAGAAGGAACUGCUCGAGAACAUGUACCGCAAUACCGAACUAGACGACCUGCUGAAGGAGAGCGACUACACCAUCCGGCGGCGGAAGGAAUGCCAGCAGAUGGUGGAGAGCCUCACUCGCGCCAGCGAGAUUGUCAGCCAGGUCCAGUGAAUACAGUAGAACGCUGCGUUUUGAUUCCCAUUCUGUUCGUCCGUCUUUCUGCGCGUCUUGGUUGCCUCUGGGAAAGAUUUUCCCCCUUCUCUUGUUUCUUUUGUCAAGGGAUUCAUGCCUUAUGUUUAUACUUUUCCUGGUUUCCUGAUAUGAGCAAAGAGUUGCAUAUGGCCGCAUUUCUUUUGUGAUGUCAGGUUCUGCAAUCUUUAUGACGAAUUUGUAUCGCCUAAUGAUGUGGAUGUUUGUGGGUUUUUGUUUUUUUUUUUUUUUUUAGAAUUCAGACAGAUUUAGUAGCACUUGAAUGUACAGUAGUUACAGUAGCGGA